AUGGCCGACAGUUAUGAAGCUUCCAUUUCAGCCCAGGCAAAACCCGAUACCGAGACUAGUCAUUCCGAGAUGAAGAUGGCUGAUUCCACCGAGGUCGAUCAAGCUCGCCUUGAGGCGAUGGAAAGAACUUGUGUGCGCAAAUUGGACCUUGUCAUAGCGCCCUUGAUAGGUGCCUUCAAUUUCAUGUCUUACAUUGACCGAUCUAACAUCGGGUUUGCCGCCACCCAAGGAAUGACCGAGGCUUUGAAUCUAAAAGGCAAUGAGCUAAAUGUCACCGUAUCCAUCUUCUAUGUCUUCUAUGUGUUAUCAGAGCUUCCCAUCUCAAUGGUCGCAAAGCGAUGGAGAUUUGAACGUGUUCUUCCGGCCCUCACAGUUGCCUUCGGAAUUAUUACUCUUGGGAACGGAUGGGUAACCAGUUAUGGUGGGCUGGCAGCACUGAGACUGAUUUUAGGCCUCUUUCAAGGCUGCUUAUUCCCAUGCCUUGCUCUAUUCGUCGCCAACUGGUAUAAGCGUGAGGAGCUGUCUGUCCGUAUGGCAUUUUUGUUUGCUUCAUCUGCCCUUGCCGGAGCUUUCGGUGGUUUAUUAGCCUUUGCAAUCUACCACAUGGAUGGAAUUGCGUCAAUGGAGGGCUGGAGAUGGGUUUAUAUCAUUGAAGGAAUUGUCACGAUCGUGUUUGGGAUCGCAUCUUAUUGGAUUGUUCCAGGCUCUUUCGAGACCGCCUGGUUCUUGAAUGAUGAGGAUAAAAUCGCCAUGCGGAACCGCGCAAAAGCUAUGCAUCAAUAUAGUGGUGGCCGAGGACACUUCAGCUUCCAACAUAUUUGGUGGGCAGCGAGAGACGUCAAGACAUGGUUACACGGCUGUCUUCAGUUUUGUGUGAUCACUCCACUCUACAGCUUCAACAAUUUCUUGCCGAUUAUUAUUGAAAAUGGGCUUGGCUUUAGCAGCAUUCAGGCGCAGUAUCUCACUAUCCCAGUUCAAUUGUGGGGUACGCUCAUUUAUAUUUUGGUCGCAUAUCUUGCCGAUCGCUAUCAAAAGCGGUAUAUUCCAGUCAUGAGCUUCACGCCAGUCACUGCUUUGGGAUACUUGCUUCUCUUGUGUCCUAUUCCCGCUGGGGUUCAAUACUUCUCUACAUUCCUGAUCACCACAGGAAUGUACAUUAUAGCAGGAAUUAAUCUGUCUUGGACGUCUAUAAAUUCUGCGCCGGAUGGGAAGAGGGGUGCCACCAUGGGUAUUACUUUGACUAUCACAGAUAUGGCUGGAGUUGUGGUAGGGCAGCUGUAUCCCUCAAAGGACAAGCCUAAGUACUACUUAGGCAAUGCGUGGGCCCUUGGCACAUUAGUUGUCGCUAUGAUCUUGUUUACUUUGGUGCAUAUAGUUUACAAGCACCGCAAUGCGGCAAAGGCCAAUGGACAAACAUGCAUGGGCGAAGACUGGGACGACCGCGCUGAGGACUUCAUUUAUUUGACCUAA